CUUUCUGUGGCGGACGCUCACACAGACGCUACACAUUCUCAAGGAACGGGAAGGAACAGGACAGGAAGUUACACUAACCUCUAUAACCACUGAAGACAACGGUGGGGACAUUUUUGAACUAACCUGCAUGAUUCUAUUCAAAAGUGGAGUGAGGUUCCCCUUUACUGUGUUUUUUGUACUGUUUUACUGAACAUCUUUGAACUUUUUAUUAAAACUAGCAUGUUUUUAUCUCAAAAUGGUUGACGUAGCCAGGUUUGGCAGCUGAAUCUCACCACACUUUACAGUACUUGAAUAACCUUUUUUUGCCAGACAAGCCAAAAUCUCAUUGUGGAAAAGAUUAAAUGUUUUUGAUUUGAGAAGAGUACAGCUUUUCUUGCCACAAAGAACAAGAUAAGAGGGUCUUUUAUGGAACUAUAACCGAAGCGCUCCUAGAGCUGGUUAGAGGAAAGUGGAGAUUUACUUUCACAAAAGGCUUUUGUUUUGUCAACAAAAUGAAAGGAGAGUACGGACUGAUAGGAGCAGGGGUAAACACUGGAUUUCCAUGACCAAACACUGGAUUUUUCAUGACCAAACCCACAGGAGAGAUUUGCUAGGUUCACCUGGUGAGCUGUAUAUUAAGUGUGUUAGGAGAGAACUGUUAAAUGAUUUAUGAUCAUGGAAAGUAUUGUCACUGAUCCAGACUCUCAGGGGGAAAAUUUGACUGGAUCAUUCUUCAGUAAGAUAGUUUCCUCUACUAUAUUUUUGAGAGAAGACUCCAAGAGGCAAGCAGGGGAGAGUGCAGUACUAAAGUCAUUCCAAACAUUGUCUGAAGAAGAGACAUAUCCCCACCCUCCUGACCAUGAGGAUACUGAUAACAGCUGUGUUAACUUUGUUGAAACAGACUCUUCAGGAGCUGCGCCUGAUGAUUAUAUCAGCACUACUUUUGAUGUAACAGUUGAAUUACAGAACACUGAGUCCUGCAAGGAGGAGGCUCUGCAGAACUCUCCAUUUCCCAGUUGGAGAAGACCUUUUUCCUCCUCCACCCCUGCCAUAGCAGACCCCGACCUGGUGGUGCAAGUAACCAGAGUGGAGACCUACAGUGACACAGAAUCUGAAGAGGAAGAUGGAGGAUGUAAACUUGGACAGAAUAAGGAAAAGAAACAAGGUGAGAAAUCCCUGCUACUUCAUACAGAGGAAGAGACUGUGGAUCAUAACUCAGAUCAGCUGUUCCAUUAUGAUGCAGGGAGCAAUAUGUCUAAGGCAGACUUAAAACUACCUGUCCUUAAAGCCAAAAGUGCUUUGAAUUGCUCUCUCAAAAACAUCUCUGUUGCAAAGAGGUCAAGGUCUGCUAGAAGGCUUGAGAGCCAGCCAGACUCCUCUCCUCACAUAUCAGACAAUUCCAAGCAAGAGAGUCCAUCUAUGAUUACUUGGGAGAGUUCUGAUCAAAGUGGUGGAUAUGACACAGCUAUAGAUAUAAGCUCAGAUAUUUCACCUGCCCAGGAUCCCGCCCAGCUGGAUGUGCCUGAAGAUACCAGCGAUCAUAGAGAAGAGGAUUCUAAAGUCUGGGAUUCUGAGGAGCCCCUUAAUGUACCUUCUUCAGAAUAUGUGUCACCAAUGACACCAUCUCCAGCUUCAGAACCGGAACCACUGCCAGGUGAAAAUGCCUCAGACUUCUCAUUGCUUUUAAAGGAUCUAAGUUCUCAUCAAGAACGAGGAUGGAGAACAUCUGAAACAUCUCCUGCUCUUUUGGUUAAAGAAGCCAGUCUUACAGGUUCGGAAUCCCUCAAUUCCAUGGACCCUAUAUCUCCAGAAUCAGCUCCUCAGCCAGGGAGCAGCAUAACAAAGGACCUGCCAGGAACCAACCAGGAAGAGUCACCACUUGACUCCGUGCCAAGUGCCAUCUUUUCUGAUUUGCAAGGAAACAUGCAGACCCUGUCUAGCACAAAAAGGACUACAGCAAAAUUAUCCUCCACCCCCUCCUCUAGCCCCUCCCCAAAACCACUCACCUCAUCCACAUCCAGGGAGCCCUUCCAGCUGCCAGCCCUCUUCAGUGGACUGCGAGUGCUCAAGAAGGGUGCCGUGGGCGAGGACAGAGAGACUGUGGCCGAGAUCAAGCAAAGGGACACGGACCGAGCACUGUUGAGCCUCAGACAACAUGUCCACAAAGCUAAAGUCAAGCAGCAGACAUCCUCCCACACUGCCAUUCAUAAAAAGAUGACUGAACCUAAAGAUGUAUCUGAGCCUAAGGGGCGGUCAUGGCAACUGCUAAAUUUGGAUGACAACCGUGAUGAGGAGCAACUAAAAACAGGAAUAAAAGACAUCACAGAGUAUCCAACAUCAGAGGAGGGGGUAUCAAACAACAAUAUAGAAACCAGCAUGCAUAAUUAUAACAGUAAAAGCACAGAUACUGCAUUGGAUGGCUUCAAAAGUUUUUUGAGUUCUAAGACCCCUAAGAAGGACCCUGCAGAAGGGUCAGUGGAUGUAGAGGCUGUCAAGAGGAAAAGGAAGAAUGAAAAAGAGUUGCUUAAGUCUAUCUUCGAGAGAUCUCUAAGCAAAUCACCUAGCACUGACAAGAGUACACCUGAGAUCAUCUCCCCAGCAGACAGUGAGGACAGGACUCCUGGGCGACUUCAAGCAGUGUGGCCCCCACCUAAGCCUAAGGAUGAGGAGGAGAAAGUUGGACUGCGUUACACUGAAGCUGAGCAUCAAGCUGCCCUCUUUCAACUGAAGAGAGAAUGCAAAGAGGAGGUGGAAAAGAUUCGUGCCAACUUCGAGCUCAGGAUCUUUGACUUGCGGGGAGAACAUGCUGUGGCGUUGUCUCGACUAGAAGGAGUCAUCUCCAACAUGAAGCGGGAGCAGGCGCAAGGAUCGUCACAGGAGCGGGCUGAACUGUGUGAGGUCUGUGUCUCCACUGAAGACGAUGUGCCCUACAAGACCUACCGCACCGUUUGCAUCCAGACUGACCGCGAGACCUUCAUCAAAACACCGGAUGGGGAUACUGUCAAGCCUGGCCCAAGCCCCCCUCUCAGCCUUCCCAAAAAGCUUGACCUAGACUCAAUUACAAUGAGCCUGGGUGUGUCCCCGGGUGCUUCUCCGCCCCCUCCUCCUCUGCCUGGCCAAUCACAUAGCUCACCAGUUCCACCCCAACCUGUAUCAUCUCUUUCUGGGUCCACGGCACUGCCUCCUCCACCCCCCUUACCUGGAAUCGGACCUGUACCACCUCCACCUCCACCCGUCCCUGGAGCCCUUCCCCCUCCACCCCCUCCUCCCCCUUUGCCUGGCAUGCCACCUCCACCUCCACCCCUCCCCGGAGCACCACCCCCUCCACCCCCUCCUCCUCCUUUACCUGGCAUGCCCCCUCCACCCCCACCCCUCCCUGGAGCCCCACCCCCUCCACUUGGAAUGCCUGGGGUUCCCCCUCCACCUCCACCUAUGCCAGGCUGUGGCCCCCCACCCCCUCCGCCCGGCUUUGGAAUCCCUGGCUUUGGGCAGGCAAUGGAGAAACUCCCCCGCAAGCCAGCGGUAGAGCCUGCCUGUCCAAUGAAGCCCCUCUAUUGGACUAGGAUUCAGAUUCAACAUACCGAUAAUAACAUGCUUUGGGGAUCCUUGGAAGAGCCAGAUAUCAUUGACACAAAGGAGUUUGAGGAGCUUUUCUCCAAAGCCUCACUGCAGCCCAAGAAGAAGCCUCUCUCUGACACCUAUGAGAAGAAGGCCAAAGCUAAAAAGCUUAUAAAGUUAUUGGAUGGCAAGCGUUCUCAGGCAGUGGGGAUCCUCAUAUCUAGCCUGCACCUGGAGAUGAAGGACAUUCAGCAAGCUGUUCUUGCUGUGGACAGCUCUGUGGUCGAUCUGGAAACCAUUGAGGCUUUGUAUGAAAAUAGGGCUCAGAGUGAUGAACUGGGAAGGAUCAGGAAACAUUAUGAGACCUCAAAAGAUGAUGAAGUCAAGCUACUGGACAAGCCAGAACAGUUCCUCUAUGAGCUAGACCAGAUUCCAGACUUUGCCAGCCGAGCUCACUGCAUCAUAUUCCGGUCUGUGUUCCUGGACUCCAUAUCUUCCAUUCACAGCAAGACACAGAUAAUCUCCUCAGUGUGUAAGGAGCUCCUGGAGAGUGACAGCAUAAAAGAAGUGAUGGGCCUUGUCCUUGCCUUUGGGAACUAUAUGAAUGGUGGGAACAGAACCCGGGGGCAAGCUGAUGGCUUUGGCCUAGAAAUUCUUCCCAAGCUGAAGGAUGUCAAAAGCAGGGACAAUCGCAUUAGUCUGGUGGAUUAUGUGGUGUCAUACUACCUAAGAAACCUAGAUAAGAAUGCCGGGACAGAGAAGAGUGUUUUCCCACUGCCAGAGCCUCAUGACGUCUUCCUUGCUGCUCAAGUCAAGUUUGAUGACCUCUCGAAGGACCUCCGAAAACUAAAGAGGGACCUCACAGUUUGUGAAAAGGAAGUGAAAGAUGUCUGCACCAACUCCUCGGAGGAGCAUCUCCAGCCAUUCAAGGAGAAGAUGGAGCUUUUCAUCUCAACUGCACACACUGACUACACAGCUGAAGAUGACUGUCUGAGUACUGCCCAGAAAAGGUUCCAGGACAUGGUGGCCUAUUUUGGGCUCAAACCCAAGUCUGGAGAGAAGGAGGUCACACCCAACUAUUUUUUUAUGCUCUGGUUCGAGUUCUGCAAUGACUUCAAGAGCACAUGGAAACAUGAGAGUAAGAACAUCUCCACAGAAAGAUUAAAGGAAGCUCAACAAAAUGUCCAGAAAAUCACUGCUGACAAGAAAGUGGAGACAAAGAAGAUCAAUGCCAAGAGUUUGAAAGAGAAACUUAGGCAGAAAGAGGCAAAUGUGUCCUCCAACUGAAGAUGAACUGGGCGGAAGAAAAAAGGAAAAGAACAGAAGAAAGUUCCAUCAUCGUACGUCUGCAUUAAGGGGGUCAUCGGUUUCCCCAGGACAGUUCACCAUGACCUGCUGCAACAUUCUUUAACAGAGUGGUCAUCAGAGAUUGGAGAGCCUGGGUUGGGCAUGCCCUCCUCUGCGGACAUGCGAGUAAGGUCACGUGAUGGGCUUGAACAGUUUGCAGUGAACAUGCUGUAGGACACUGGAAUGGCUGAUUCACCUGUAUUCAAAGGAUAUUGACAUCUGGUAUCUGCUUCUACAGUAGGGCCUUCUAAAGGUGCUUUGUGGGGGAGAGGACUGAUCGUAUUCAUAGCAGACACUUGCAAUUCCAGUAGCCUAUACCACUGGUUUAAACCAACCAAAUGUUAAUACCAAGUACACCUCACAUAAGUAAAAGCAGACAAGAGAGAUGUCUUCUUUGCUCUCUAUAAGAGGGCACUGGUAAGGCAGCGUGCCAGUAAAUUGGAGGGUAGCGUUAGCCAAACUCGUAAGGCUUACUAGAUGGUAUAUCAAAAAAUAUAUUACUUGUUAUUGUGGCAAGAUACUUCCACUGGGCAGGGCAGUUAUAUUACUAGCCUAGGUUUUUUAUUAAUAUUUUCACGUAGGCAGAGAAGAAGACAGCGAACUAUCAUAAGUCAUCAAAGUCAUCUCCCUGACACGCAUCGAGUAACAAUAUGUGGCCGGACUUACGAAAAACUCAUUGCUCAGUCAGAGAUGUUUUGUUUUUUUUUUUUAGUUUUCAGACACGUUUCAUGACAAAUGUUGUUUGAACUGCAGAACUACCUACUUAAUCGCGUAAUAUCUGUCGCAGUUCCAUGCGUUUUCUUGCCGUCAACAGAAGAUAUUUGCCACUUAUUUUUUCUCAAAAUGGCGCGUGAUCGGUACCUCUUUGGCAGUUCUGUUGCAGUGUCUAUUCUAUGUUCUUUCCCUAAAACAGCUGUGACUGUUGAAACCCAUGUAACCCAUAUAGUAUGUUUAAAAAUGUACGACGGAGCAUAUUUAUUUUGAGAGAUUGUUGAUGGCGUUUGUUGAAAAUAUUAACGAAGCCUCUAUCUUAUAUUGAAGAUGGAUAAAUAAGCGUAUUUAUAAAUGCAAAUAGAUUUCAUUAUUUAUUGCUUGCCGUGAAUUCCCUGUCAUUACAAGAACUUAAGAAAGUGUUUCAAAAGACCAAGUAAAAUUAUAAUUUUAGCAAUAAGCUAAAAUAGAUGUUUUACAUCCACUGUGUUUUCUUGGCUACAACGCUGUGGAUAUAAUGAAAUCUAAUAGUGUAAAUAUUGUCUAUAAAUUUCGAUUAGCUCUGUCAGCCUUCCAUUGCUUUUACAAAGGCUAUUAACUUAAACCAUUACUGUUCGUUGAGUAAACCCAAUUUUUCUACUUUAUUCUCGUACGCAUUAAUGACAGUUGGAGUGGGGAGGGUGCCGUCACUAAAUGCUAGUUCUUGGACACGACAACGUGCCUCUUAACUACACACCACUUUUCACUUUCCACUUAAAUGAUUCUACUUGUGCGAAUAGGUUUCCUUUUUGUAUGUGGCAUAUAUGUACAUUUGAUUCUAAAUCAUGAAAAUAUUUGUUAUUUCCGUUACCGACAUAACUUCCUAUUUAAUACCCUGGAUUUCGAGGAAUUGUGUCGCUUCAUUGUGAGAUGUACAAUAAGCAGACCUACACCUCGCAUGACAGAGCACAAAGGCACUGAAAUUGAUAGUUUUACAGAAAUUACUGUUUUUUCAAAGUUUAAUUCCCUAAAAGAAGUAAAAACUGGCAUGGUCGUAUUGGUCUUUGAGAAAAGAUUAAGCGUGCACAGCGGACUCUGUAACCCAUUAAGAAUAUUUAUCAAUCCACAAAUUAACACAAAACUGUUAAUAUUUUUUAGAAUGCAAACUUUAACACAAUUAAAUCUCAACUGAAUGAAAAUCACUUAUUUUACUACGAAACACCUCCUUGUAAACGGCAUGUGGCUCUUUGUCGUUAAUAUCGUUUCAAAAUAGGCCUUUAAGGCGAGUUAUACCCAUUUAUGACAACAUCAAGAACAUAUUAGCUGUCUAUGAGAUGCUGUAAUAACUGAAAUAAAUAUAUUUAGGGGAAAAACAAGUUAUUUUUGGAAUACACUAGUAUCAGGUUGAAGGUGAUGAAUAAGUUGCCACAAUGUGUGUGUAGCUUAUUUGUGUUUUUGAAUAAUGAAAGCAAUUUCGUAGCCUAACGUGUUGCAGGAAAUCACGAGACAGUAGCAUCCCUUUAGUCAGCACAU